UCGACACGGCACACAGCAAAGCCAGGAACCAGCAGGUGGGCGCUGACGCGAUCAUCCAGGAAGAAGCGCAGACGAGUCAGGCCUGCGCGUGCGUGCCUGCGAUUGCCAUCGGGGGGGGAGAGAAGGAGCUCACGCAGCAAGGACAUGGACGCCGCCCGGAAGUUCCGGGUCGCCCAGGUCUUCCGCGGCGCGGGCGCGCCCUGCGUGGGCCUCAGCUUCCACGGCGGCGGCCGCUGGUGCGUGGCGGCGACGGGCGACGGCGUGGUCCGCGUCCUCGACGGCCUGCGCGGCGUCCUGCGCAAGGAGGUCCGCUGCGCCGCCCGGGGCGUCGGCGCGGCGUGCUUCGGCCACGCCGAGCUCUGCGUGGUCGUCGCCGACGCGGCGCCCGGGACGGGCGUGCGCUACCUGUCGCUCCACGACAACCGCUACCUGCGCGCGUUCGAGGGCCACGCGGCGCCGGUCUGCGGCCUCGCGCCGUCGCCGGCCUCCGACGCCUUCUUCAGCCUCGGCGAGGACGGCACGUGCGUCCUCUGGGAUGCGGCGCAGCGCCGCGCGGCCGUGGCGCGCCUGGACGUGUUCGGGGCCGACGCGUCGCGCCGGCCGCGCCACGCGCCCGUCGCCGCGUUCGCGCGCGACGCGCUCGUCUUCGCCGCCGGCGCGGCGUUCGCCGACGCGCGGGGCGGCGGCGCGCUGGCGCUCUACGACGCGCGGCACUACCGCGCGGGGCCUUUCGCGACGUUCCGCGUCGACCGCGGCGCGCUGGCGGCGGUCGCGGCGCCCGAGGCGGCGGCGCGCGCGGCGCGGGGCCGCUGGGCGCGCCUCGAGUUCGCGCCUGUGUGGAAAUCAAAUUUCGGGCGCCCCACGCCAUGCAACCUAAGUCACUGGUUGAUUUCCACACAGGUUCGCGCCCGACGGCGAGACGCUGCUGGUCGCCGGCGAGGCGGGCGUCCACACGCUGCUGGACGCGUUCGAGGGCGACGCGCUCGCGGCGUUCGCCGCGCCGCCGUCUGCGGCCGGCGGCGAGCGCGCGGCGGCGGCGGCGGCCGCGUUCGCGCCGGGCGGCGGCGCGGUCCUCGCCGGCGGCGGCGACGGCGUCCUGCGCGCGUGGGACCCGGCGGCGCCGCGGCGGCCGUGCGCGGCGCUGCCCGCGGGCCACGCCGGCCCCGUGGCGCGAAUCGCGUGCUCGCCGCGCUUCGGCGUCGUCGCGACCGCGUGUGCCAACACGGCGCUCUGGCUUGCCGACGCGUAA